AUGUGUCAUUAUUGUCAUAUUUUAAAACAUAAUCCUACAGCUCCGCCUCAUCCAGGUGUUCGUUGUCUUGAUCGUGCAAAUAUUUAUUCACAAGUUCCUCUAGCUGAACGAAUAUACGAUAACGGACAAUCAAUUUUUCCUAUUCCAUCUGCUCCUCCAGCUGAAGAAGAAUUUAAAAAUAGACCAAAAUCAAAACAAAAAAAAAUAAUUAAUCGAUUUAUGAAAUUAUUUACUAAAUAA